GAUACACACUGUCACACUACGCAGUUUCGUUUAGACACUUGUUUAUCGUUUCGUUACUGAUGAAUUUUCCGUGUUUAAUUUAGUUUUAGUGUAGUUAUAAAAUUUUGUUUACUUCACUGGGACUAAAUACUUAAUACUUUUAACAAACUGGACUCGCCGGCUGUCAUAUAGUUAGCUAUAUACUGUACUAGAGAUUAUAGAGAAUCUCUUACAUUGUACGCUCUCUACUUCUCUAGUAGUUGAGUGUGUGUUUCCUGCGGCUUGUGUUGUACGUUAUUGUGUUCUUGUCUGCUGUAUACUACUAUCAAUAUACUUCAAACAGAUAAAUCUUUUUUCAUUAUCAAAAUUCUGGUCAUAAGCUUAUGUGAAUCAUUUGUUGUUUUCAUUUAAAAAUUUCACACGUGUUUGAAAAAUGGACACGUCACCAUCUCAAAACAUAACAAAAAAGCUCAACAGAUAAUAAGUGUUAAGGUGAUGGCUAAUCAACGUUAUGAAGAUUUUAGUGAAAUAGGAGAUUUAUGUUUUUCGUGUAAAAGAUAUGAAGAAGCUAUUUUUUGUUAUCAUAAAGCAUUAGAAUUAAAUCCGAAUAGGGAAGUUACUUUGUAUAAUUUGGGUCAAGUUUAUUUCUUAAUAAAUGACUACCAAAAAUCAGUUGAGGCAUUGGAAAAAGCUAGUAAAUUAGUUCCAAACAAUAUCACUGUUUUAAAGUUUUUAGCAAGUGCAUAUUGUUAUCAAGGUGACAUGUUAAUGUCGGUUGAAACCCUUAAAAAAUGUUUAAAAUUAGACCCCGAUCAUUUACAAAUAAAUGUAGAUCUGGCUUUUAUGUAUUAUCACAAUCUGAAAAAUUUACAUGAAGCAGAAAAAUGUUUCAAAAAAUGUAUCCAAUUGAAUGCAGAAAGUGUGGAUUUAUACAGGAAUCUUCUUCGAAUAUAUCAACAGCAAAAUAAACACAAAGAUGCAUUCAAUAUUUGCAUGAUAUUGGGAGAUCUUUAUUUGAAAAAAUCUGAUCCAGAAAAUGCAAGAAAUGCUUUAACUACUGCAUUGUGUUUAAACCCUAAAAAUGCUGAAGGUCAUUGGAAACUUGGACUUGUUUUUCACCUGCUUGGUCACUAUGAUUUGGCCAUAGUUAGGUAUAAUUAUGCUAAUGAAUUGAUACCAGACUUUGUCCAUCCUUCAAGUGAUUCAACAGUUAACGGCAAACAAUAACACUUAUUCAACCCAUCCAGUUUAUUUUGGCCAAUGUACUAUAGGCCUAUAAUCAACAACGGCGGUAGAAUAAUAGUAUCAUUUGUCUGAAACUAACAAAACAAUAAAAAUAUAUUUUUUGGCUUUUCUUA